GUUCUCCACAAUGGUUUCCACUCCUGAGAACCGCCAGACCUUCAUCAACUCCGUCAUCAAAUUCCUGCGCCAGUACCAAUUUGAUGGGCUGGACAUUGACUGGGAAUACCCUGGAUCAAGGGGCAGCCCUUCUCAGGACAAAGGUCUCUUCACCGUCCUUGUUCAGGAAAUGCUGGCUGCCUUUGAGCAGGAAGCCAAGCAGGUGAACAAGCCCCGUCUCAUGAUCACUGCUGCCGUUGCUGCAGGAGUUUCCAACAUUCAGGCUGGCUACCAGAUUGCUGAGCUCGGAAAGUACUUGGACUACUUUCAUGUGAUGACUUAUGAUUUCCAUGGCUCCUGGGAUACACAAACUGGGGAGAACAGCCCUCUCUACCAAGGCCCAAAUGACACUGGUGACAAUAUCUAUUUCAAUGUUGAUUAUGCUAUGAAUUACUGGAAAAGCAAUGGUGCCCCAGCUGAGAAACUAGUUGUUGGAUUCCCAGCCUAUGGAAACACCUUCAGACUGCAAAACCCAUCUAAUCACGGUCUUGGUGCACCAACUUCAGGACCAGGACCUGCUGGACCUUACACACAGGAGGCUGGGACGCUGGCUUACUAUGAGAUCUGCACACUACUGAAUUCUGGAGGCACACAAGUUUGGGAUGCUCCCCAGGAUGUGCCCUAUGCCUACAAGAGCAGUGAAUGGGUUGGCUACGACAACAUCAAGAGCUUCAACAUCAAGGCUGAAUGGUUGAAGAAGAACAACUACGCAGGUGCUAUGGUUUGGGCCAUUGAUCUGGAUGACUUCACUGGCACUUUCUGUAAACAGGGCAGAUAUCCCCUGAUUACCACCCUGAAGAAUGCACUUGGUCUUCAAAGCAACAGCUGUGUGCCCCCAACUCAGCCCAGUCCUACCACCACUGCAGUCCUCUGUAAUACACAAGGAAGUGAAAGUGGGAGUGAGAGUGAGAGCUCAGGUAGCAAUACCGGUAGCUCAGGUGGGAGUGGAUUCUGUGCUGGUAAGGCCGAUGGCAUCUACGCAGAUCCAACCAACAAGAGCAAAUUCUACAACUGCAAUAAUGGCGAAACCUUCACGCAGACGUGCCAGGCCGGUCUCGUCUUUGAUUCCAGCUGCUCCUGCUGCAACUGGGCAUGAUGACACCAAUUCUGUUACGGCAAGCACACUCCUCUGAUUUAAUUCCAUGGAAUAAUAAUGAUAAAUAAAGUGUUCUGCAAAAGUAAAAAUGCAUGCUGUUUUGACUCAUCUUGCUCGUAAUAUUUUGAUGCUCCCUGGUUCUCACAGUUUUUACACUUAUGCUGAGGGAUGGGCGCAAAUCCCAAAGGUGGACUUAAUUCCAGCAUCUCUUUUUCCAGGAAUUUCUUGCUUAUCACAUCAUGAUAGCCAGACACAGGGAAAAAGACAGGCAGCAGAUGACAUGGGAGAUUGCUAUGCCUGAGAACACACAGUGAAGGGUCCUGGCAGCAUACUCUAUAGACUGCUUUGCCAGAAUCCUCUCCACCACUAAAUGUCACAGUGCAAAUUGCAACUCCUGGGAGUGAGCGUAAGCA